AUGACUUGCGAGGAAAAAGGCCCCGCACCUGAUGAGACCACGUUUGUAAUAAUCGUGAAGGGGUUAUGCAGGGCGGGUAAUACCAGAUUGGUGAUUGAAUUGAUAAGGGACUGGGAAGACAGAGGUUGCAGGCUUAAUUCCUUCACAUACGGCAAAAUAAUUGAUAGUCUUUGCAAGAAGGGAUUGAUCACAGAGGCGUUGAGACUCCACGAAAGUUUGAGUAGAAAAGGUGUCCUACCAGAUGUUGUUACUUAUGCCUCCUUGAUCCAAGGUCUGUGCAAUAUAGGCCAGCUGGAAGAUGCUCUCAUAUUGUUGAAAGAGGCGACGAGUGGAGGCAUCCAACCCGACAUAUUGACUUAUAGCUCAUUGGUUCGUUGCUUAUGCAACGUAGGCCAAUGGAAAGAUGGUACGGUCUUGUUGGAGAAGAUAAUGAAGGCAGGAAUUGAACCGAACAUCAAUACUUAUACCUCUGUCAUUCAAGGAGUGUGCAAUUCUGGCCAAUUGAAAGAGGCUCGAAGACUGCUGAACUAUAUGGUGCAAAGCAGAGUAAUGCCGGAUGUUCGAACCUUCAAUAUUCUGGUGGAUGCACAUUGUAAAGAGGGAAUGCUUGUAGAGGCAGAGGCCAUAGUUGACCAGAUGAUUCAACUAGGUGAAAUGCUUAAUAGUUUCACUUAUAAUACAUUGGUGAAUGGUUAUUGUUUGCAGACUAGAAUGAAGGAUGCUAUAGAAGUGCUUAAUUUGAGGGUUGAAAGAGGUUGCUCACCUGAUGUUGUUAGUUAUAGCACGUUGAUUAACGGAUACUGCAAAGGGAGAAGAGUUGACAAAUCAAAGAUGCUUUUGAGAGAAAUGCUUCAAAGCGGCCUGAUUCCUGAUGUCAUCACAUACAGCACUCUCAUAAACGGAUUUUGCCAGGUUGGGAACCUUCAAGCUGCGGAGGAGCUAAUUAACGAGAUGUAG